AUGCUACUGUCUGAGAUAAAACAUGGGGGUGUCAUCAAAUUGGUCGGUGUUUGCCGUACCAAUCUAGGUUUAUACCUGGUUUAUCCCUUCUAUGAGAGGGGAGAUCUCCAGAAAAGCAUUGAAGUUUUAGAUUGGGAGAGAGCAUUAAAUGUUAUCACGAAAGUUGCUGAGGCACUCAGGGUUUUGCAUAUGCUUAUGGUCGUAUGCAGGGGCUUGAAGCCCGCUGACAUAUUGUUGGAUCAAAACUGGAACCCUGUAUUGACAGAUUUUGGGCGAAUGAAGAUGUAUGGAGAUGCUUUAAGUGGAUCUCGUAAAUUCGAUAAUGAAAACUUCAUCUUUUCAGUGUUGAUGAAGGAGAAGGAAGCUGACUUUAAAGUCACUGUGCCAAAGGAGAGGAGAAUCAUGCACCUGGAUUUUGAUUCUCAUUCGUGUAACUAUUCAUCCGAACUUUUAGAGCAGGCACUGAAACUCAAGAAACAGAAUUCUCAUGCUGUCCAUUUGGAUUUCUUGAAGACGGGUGGAUGUAAGGUGAUCGUUGCAAGAAAAGUAACAGAUUUGGCAUUUCAAUGUUUAGACGAAGGGGGCGUAAAGCGGCCCACGGCGGAAGAAGUGGUAGAAAGACUCAAUAAGAUUGUCAAUCCACCGCCUGCUCACGGUGGAAGUAGUAGUAAAUCGUCCAAGUGA